CACAAGUGUUAGUACAGCGAGAGAGCAGCAGGACACUGUGUUUUACAAGAAAAAGAAAACUUAAACCAUGUAAUUUGGAACUGUCCCUACAAAGGCCCUGCUAAAUGAAACACACUCAAAGGCGGCAGCAACCCAAGAGCAGGUGCUGAGAAUGAGUCCAAAUAUUUGUUGGCUUUGUAAGUUAUUCAGAGAUGAUGAAAAUGGAAUCACUUCGAAAUUGUCAUUGGAGGAAGUACUACAGUGGUCCCAAUCUUUUGAAAAGCUGAUAGCUAAUAAAUAUGGAACUAUAAUCUAUAGGACCUACCUGAAGACUGAACACAGUGAGGAAAACAUUGAAUUCUGGCUUGCAUGUGAGAUUUACAAGAAGACUGCAUCACAGAAGAAAAGAAAUGCUAUGGCCAAGAAACUUUUUAAAGAUUAUAUUCAACCCCACGCUCCUAAAGAGAUUAAUAUUGACAGUCCUGCAAGGGAAGCCAUUACCAGGAAUAUUCAAAAACCAACUCAGUCCUGUUUUGAUGAAGCUCAGAAAAUUGUUUACAUGCAUAUGGAAAGGGACUCAUAUCCCAGGUUUCUUGGAUCAGAUAUCUAUCAAAAACUUAAGCUUCAGACUGACAGGAAUGAUUCACUGAUACAUUAAAGAAAAAGACUGAGGACUUGGAAAAGAUUUUCUUCUAGUUAAUGUUUCUAUAUGCUAAAGUAAACAAAACAGAAGAAGUGGUAUUCUGGAUGUAUUUGCAUGACAAAUAAAGAUAGUAUAGUCUUACAUUGAUAUUAUACCUGAUCGGGAAUGCAUGCCCAUCCUCCUCCUGCACCUCAUAAAAUUUCAAAUUAAUUUCUGAAUUUCAAUUUGGAUCAAACACUGAAAAACAUGAGACCAAUCAACCAACCCUUCCCCAUCCAAAUAUCAGUCAUAAUGCAAGAAUUAUGAUUUGGAAAUACCACCGUGCCUUAUGGGUACUUAAUGUUAUAAUUCCUGUAGAUAGCCAGGAUUCCUGUUUAAGUAGAUAUUCCACAAAGCACCAUGGUCUCAGCAAAAGGAGAAAAGCUACAGUACCUCAUGAAAAGCUAAUUGUUGUAUUGCAUCAUGGACAAUUUUGCUCAUCUGGAGAGCCUGAACCAGAGAGAGAAGGUGUUAAACACCCAUAUGACAAGUCCCCACAUGACAAGUCAUAGAUUCAUAGAUGCUAGGGUUGGAAGGGACCUCAACAGAU